UCGGCCUCUAAUUGUGCAUCUCGAAUCCUAUUGACCACCUGUAUUGUUGGUUUCAUACGUUGAUCCACCUCUUCGUCAACCCUUCAUUACGACCAUGGCAAACAAUAAGAGCUCCGCCAUCUCUGAUGAGCCCAUUGAGGUUCUCGUUGCUCUCCACGACAAGUUUGACCUCCUCGAUUUUGCUGGCCCGACGGAGGUUCUCUACCUUGCCCAGCACGACAAGGAUGACGAAUCAACUAAGGCCUUCGAGGUCACCAUUUGCGCUGCUGAGCCCAAGACCAUGUCGGACUCCGGUGUCAUGAUCGGGAGUCAAAUCACAUACAAGGAAGCUUACGAGAGACUCAACGACUUCGAUGUUCUCAUCAUCUUGGGAGGCAACAGCGAGGCCAUUCUGAAGCAAAAGGCCGAGCCCCUUCCCCUCAUCAAAGCCUACUCUGAGCUCCAGCAGAAGGAUUCCAGCCGUGAACGCACGCUGCUUUCAGUAUGCACCGGCGCAAUCUUUCUCGCUGAGCAGGGCAUCCUCUCGGGCCUGGUCGCCACUACCCACCCAGACAAAAUGACAGCCUUUGAGAACAUUUGCAGCCAUUCUGCUGUUCGUGACGCACAGGAGAGAACUGACGUCGACGAAGAGGCCCGUUAUGUCGUGAACAACCUCCGCUUCGAGAUUGGUGAUGAGGAUGAGAAUCCCUACAUUCGCCGCAAGUCCGAUGCUGGCAGACGUCCCUCCAAUGCUCGAAAGGGAAGCAUCUCAUUCAAGGGCAUGUCACGUCGUGAGUCCAUUGCCCGUCGUGCCGCGAUGAGAUUAGGUGGACUACGUGUUAUCACGAGUGGGGGAUCAAGUGCUGGCAUUGAUGCAACCUUGUAUCUUGUCAGCAUUCUGGUGGAUGAGGAAAGUGCGAACGAAGUAGCUAGACAGAUGUCGCACAACUGGACUAAGGGUGUGGUCGUCGAUGGCCUCGACGUGUAAGCUAUAGGUCGAAGGAGGCAUAUGGCACUAGGAUCUGAUCUUGCAGCCUUGACCGUCUUGUAGCUCUACAAUUUCUAUCAAAACAUGUCUGUCACCAAUGCUUUUGCGUUGAGAAGGAUUCACGUUCAUUUCACAUUUACAUACCCAUUCUAUAAGAGAAGACCAAUCUUA